GCGCGCGCGGGGCGUUUGCGCCAUGUUAGCGGUGCUGCAGCUCAGCUGCUGAUACAGCCAUGCAUGCGUCCGUACGCCGGCCAGAGGGUGCGGGUGAGAAAGUGCACAUGAGCAUAACGGGGCAAGGAGUGACAAACAUGUCGGCGUGAAUUCCUGUAAAGAAGAGAAGAGAAGAGACGCAGGAGGGAUUAUUUCUGUCUUUCGCUGUGCGCACGCGCGCGCUCGUGCGUGCGUGCGCGAAGGCUGCUGGCCCUCUUUUAGGAGAGCAAAUGGGGCUUUUUCAGUUUUGCAGCGGAUGAACGGCGCCUCGUCCUUCUCUCUGCUCCCGGCUUCUUUCUUUCAUUACAGCUACAUCAUCAUCAUCAUCAUCUGGACUCUCUCGGACCUGUAUAUGACGACGGUGUGGGGACAGUAAUGACCGCACGCUUCCGGUUGCCUGCUGGCCGAAGCUCCGAUGUGGGAGAGUCUGAAGUGGCACGAGGCAGACCAAGCUCACAGGUGGUGUGUAACGUUUUGCUGCUGGACAACACGGUGCAAGAAUUCAGAGCUAAUAAGCAGGAACAGGGUCAGGUCUUACUGGAUGCAGUCUUUAAACAUUUGGAACUGACAGAGCAAGACUAUUUUGGACUUCAGAUCACUGAUGACUCCUCGGACAGCCAGAGGUGGCUGGAUCCGAGCAAACCAAUAAGGAAGCAGUUGAAAAGGGUCACUCCAAAUAAUCUGAGUUUUAGGGUGAAGUUUUUUGUAAGUGAUCCAAGCAAACUUCAAGAAGAGUACACAAGGUACCUGUACUUUUUGCAGUUGAAGCAGGACAUCCAGAGUGGGAAGUUGCCGUGUCCCCAGAAUGCAGCAGCAGUUUUGGCCUCUUAUGCUGUUCAGGCCGAGUUGGGGGACUACAGCCAAUCAGAGCAAUCAUCAGACUACCUUUCCGAGUACAGCUUCAUCCCAAAUCCGCCUGAGGAUUUCGAGAAGGAGGUUGCCAAAUUGCACCAGCAGCACACUGGACUCACUCCUGCUCAGUCAGAGUUUAACUACUUGAAUUCUGCCAGUUCUUUAGAGCUGUAUGGAGUGGAACUGCACUAUGCUCGAGACCAGAGCAACACUGAGGUCUACGUUGGAGUGAUGGCUGCUGGGAUCUGCGUUUAUAAAAACAGGGUACGGGUCAACCACUUCCCAUGGGUGAAAAUUGUCAAAAUAUCUUUCAAAUCAAGACAGUUCUUUAUCCAACUCCGAAAAGAAUCGAGUAAGGGCAGGGAGUCUCUGCUGGCCUUUAGCAUGGCAAACUACAGAGCGUGUAAGAACGUGUGGAAGGCCUGUGUGGAGCACCACACGUUUUUCCGACUGGAGCAGCCUUUACCACCCCAAAAGAACUUCUUCACACACUACUUCACUCUCGGCUCCAAGUUCCGUUACUGCGGAAGAACGGAGGCUCAGUCUGUCCAAUAUGGAAAAGAGCAAGGAGUCAAGGACCGAGUGUUUGCCAGGUCACCCAGCAAGCCAUUGGUCAGGAGGCUGGUGAGUGGGACAGACUGGGAGACAGUGAGCAGGAACUCUCUCUCAGACGAACGACUGGAGACCCAGAGCCUGCCCAAUCGCUCACGCCCGGGCUCGCCCAAUCAUUCCAUAUUCGCUGCAGAUGGCACCCGGGUCCGGCCGUCCUCCAUCGGGCACCUGGUGGACCAUGUGAUCGAUGACUCUGUGUGCCAAGUUUUCACCAACCAUAAAUCGGCAUCGUCAACGCAGGCGAACAGCAUCAGCCUGGACUCAACCCCAUCUCCAGACAGUGCGAUAGACAGCCAGCCUCCUGCUCUGCCACCAAAACAGUCCAGGAAGAACCUGAUCACUCACAUCAGCCAAUCUCGAUCUGAGCUGGAGCUUGAUGACCACGCCUCCGAACUCUAUGACGUGCCUGUAGCUUCAGAUAAGAGCAUGAAUGGUGCAGUUCCACAUGACAACCUCGUUCUGAUCAAAAUGAAACCAGAUGAAAACGGGCGUUUCGGAUUCAAUGUCAAGGGCGGCGCUGAUCAGAGAAUGCCGAUCAUUGUGUCUCGCGUCGCUCCUGGAACUGCGGCUGACCUGUGCGUACCGCGUCUGAACGAGGGCGACCAGGUGGUGCUGAUAAAUGGGCGGGACAUCUCCGACUACACGCACGAUGACGUGGUCAUGCUAAUCAAGGCCAGCUGUGAAAACCAAUCAGGAGAGCUUAUUCUGCUCGUAAGACCCAAUGCAAUCUAUGAUGUGGAUGAGGAGGAGGAGAAGCUUGAUCUGGAGCCAGAGUUCCAGUACAUUCCAGAAAGCUGUGGUUUGGAUCGGUCGCACUCAGAACCAGAUGGAUGGAAAUCAUCCUUCCAGAUGCUGAAAGAAGGACUGAGCACCGGCUCUGCGCUCGCACAAUUUGAUCAACUGUAUCGCAAACGACCUGGAAUGUCCAUGUCCUCUGCCAGGUUACCACAGAACCUCUCAAAAAAUCGCUACCGGGACAUUUCACCAUAUGACGCAACUCGAGUUGUGCUGAAGUCAGCUGAGGACUACAUCAAUGCAAACUACAUCAAUAUGGAGAUACCAGGGGGAGGCGGCAUAAGGCGAUACAUUGCGUGCCAGGGCCCACUACCUGGCACUUGUUGCGAUUUCUGGCAGAUGGUAUGGGAGCAGAGCGCCACCCUGGUGGUCAUGCUUACCACGCAGGUGGAACGGGGCAGGGUGAAAUGUCACCAGUACUGGCCGAAUGUCUCUGCCACGGGCACUUACGGAAACUUCCAGGUAUCCUGUGUGUCUGAGGAUGGGAAAUCGGCCUAUCUGCUCCGAGCCCUGACCCUCACGCACCUGGAGGCGAAAGAAGAGAGGCAUAUUUGUCAGAUGCAGUACAUGGCUUGGCCCGAUCACGGCGUUCCAGAUGAUUCCACUGAUUUCCUGAACUUUGUUAACUUGGUGCGCAGUAAACGAGGAGACUCGCAGGACCCUGUGGUUGUGCACUGCAGCGCUGGGAUUGGCCGCACAGGGGUUCUGAUCACCAUGGAGACAGCAAUGUGUCUGAUCGAGCGGAGUCAAGACGUAUAUCCGUUGGACAUCGUCCGAACCAUGAGAGACCAGCGAGCCAUGAUGAUUCAAACUGCAAGUCAGUAUCGGUUUGUAUGUGAAGCCAUUCUGAGAGUGCAUAAUGAAGGGAUCGUGAAGCCGCUGGAUCUGCCGGAGCCAACUGCGUGCGCAACAGAGGAAUAAAAAGCUGCCCUGUCCUGCAUUCCUUUGCGACUGCAACUGUCCCUCUAUCUCCUCCUGGUGGAUGGCUGCAUACAUGACCCCUGCAAAUUGGAACACAGGCGACAAAGCACUAUUUGCACUUUAGAACAAAUGACCACUUGAGGGGAUUUACUAGAAAGACAAAUGCAUCAGGGUGUUGUGUAAUCAUUAACUUUUUAACAGUGAUAAACAUUCAGGGUGGAGGCAAAGUUGAAUGGAACUAAAGACAAUGGAAAAUGACUUCUUGUAGUGCCAUACACUGAAAUGAGCCAAUGUCCAACCUGGAACAAACUAUUGGAUCACUUUUUCCUCUGUUAAAUGCUAUUUAUGAUUUUAAUGUGUUAAAGAGGUCCAUGUCCUCCCCAUUAUUCACCAUUUCAUUUCAUGGUACAUGAAUUUAUGUCUUUUCUAAACCCCUGGUAUUCUGCGCUGUGAAAUUCAAAUUUUCUGCUUCUGUCUGAUGUUAUGACAAUGACAUGUACAUUUUCCAUUUAGGUCUCGAAUCUCUGUUCAGUUCAUAUACACCGAUCAGCCACAACAUUAUGGCCACUCAUAGGUGAAGUGAAUAACAUUGAUUAU